UCAACUUUCUGCUAUGGUUCAACAGCUUCUUGCCGCUCAGCAGCAACAACAGCAGCAGCAACCUGUGCCUGAGCCUCCUCCUGUGUCAGCCGUUUCUUCCGGGUCCAAGCUUCACUUAUUCUUGCCCUCAAGGUUUGACGGAGAUCACAAGCUGUGUAGAGGCUUUGAGACAGUGUUCCAUGCAUCUAGAACUCAUGGCGAAUCAGUUCCCAACAGAGUGUGCUAAAGUGGCGUUUGUGGUCAGUCUACUGUAAGGUAAAGCCCUGGCUUGGGCUACCCCUCUCUGGGAUAGUAAUGAUCUGAUCUCAUCGAGCCUGCCAGCUUUCCUUGCAGAAUUCCGCAAAGUAUUUGAAGAACCCGAACAAGCCUCCUCUGCCGAGACGGUUCUUCUGACUCUUAGUCAAGGAAACCCCUCUGUGGGCAACUAUGCUGUUCAAUUCCGCACACUGGCUUCUGAACUGGCUUGGAAUGACAAAGCCUUGUGUUCCACCUUCUCCAUUACAAUCAAGGAUGCUCUUUCUGCUUGAGAUCCUCCGACUAACCUGUGCGAACGUAUCCAUUUGGCCACCCGUUUUGACGUGCGUUUUGCAGAGAGGCAGGAAGAACUUCAUUUGGAAAGAGAGCCUGCCCGAACACAGUGAUUACCCUGACUGUCUCCUGUGUUUCAACCUCCACCUCUUCUGUCUUCUUUGCCUCCUGCCGAAGAGGCUAUAAAGGUGGAUCGCUUUCGCCUAACGCAUCAGGAAAGAUCCCGUUGAUGCAAUUAGAAUUUGAGCCUAUAUUGUGCCAGUCCGGGGGACUUUCUCAAAGACUAUUCUAUACAUCCUCCACAUCUGGGACAACGCUUGCUUCUUGGACAAAUAAGAGUGGCGUCCCUAGAUGUGAAUAUUACCUCUCCUAUUUUCUAUUCUAGUUCAGAUCUUUUCUCCUGCCAAGACAUCUUUCAAUGCUUCUGCAUUUUUGGACUCUGGUUCCGCUGGUGACUUCAUUGGUGCCUCCCUGGUCCAGAAACUUCGUCUUCCAGUGAAUCAUCUUGCCAAGCCCUUGUACAUUUCCUCUGAACUGUAAGGUGCUAUACCGCACUGAAUCUCUCAUCAUGCAAGUAGGAGAUUUGCAUAAAGAAAACAUUGGCCCUCAUUUACUAAGAAAAUCGGGUUGUAAGUCUGUUGCUUUCUUACCCGACUGCUUUUUUCCCCUGGUAUUUAUUAUUAUGUCGCAUCCUGUUUGUCGCACGUGGGUUUUGUAGCUUUUGGUUUCCAACUCCUCUGAGCUGUCGGGAAAAAAUCCACAACAAUUCAACAAAUUCGGGUUGGAAACCUUAAUAAAUACGUGGGAAAGCUCAGAAAUGUCGGGUUACGCCCCUUUUUCGGGUUUGGGAGAAUCCACAUCGGGUCCGUCCGGAAAAAAUGUCGCAUAGUGUCGCAGACUGGCGCACGAUGUCUGCGACAUGGCGCAGACAAAGAUGCGCCAAAAAAACCCGACAAAAGAGGUCGGGAUUAGAAUAGUAAAUGAGGGCCAUUGAGUUCUAUGUGCUACCACAUUGUACUUCAGAGCUCCUUCUUGGUCUUCCUUGGCUUCAACGUCAUUCUCCUCAACUAGACUGGAGAUCUGGUGAAAUCACAUGUUGGGGACAGUUUAGCAAAAAUCAUUGUAUUGUGCUGAUCCAGUCUAAAUCUCUUUCCUCUCUUCCUUCUAGGCCUGUUAACAAAAACUUCUGAGCCAACUCUCUUUCCACGUAUUUUGAUGUCACAGGUUUGGACUCCACGCCAAGGCAUAAUAUUCCUCCUGAGCGAUUGAUUCCUUUAGCUCCUGUCUAUCUUCAACAAGUUCCACCUGGAAAAUCUUUUCUGCCUGCUAAACUAAGACUUAAAGUCUUAAAUUGGGGACAGUCUUCUUUGCUACCUGUUCACCCUGGAAAACGGAAGACUAUUCACCUGAUCUCCCGGCAUUACUGUUGGCCGCACCUUGAACGCGAUUUUGCAGAUUCUGUUAAUUCCUGAGCUACCUGUGCCCGUAACAAAACUACUCUACAGAAACCUGCGUACCACUUACAGCCUUUGCCCACUCCUGAAACCCUUUGGACUCACUGUGCUGAGAACUUUAUUACCGAUCUGCCACCUUCCUGUACUCCAGAACCUUCUAAAUUCCAAGAUGAGGGAGAGACCAAAGGGGGGGGGGGGGAGGUAUUGUAAUAUCAGCGCUCCGUCCAGAAAUGCUGGCCGUGAGCACUUUCAUCUCAUGUUCCCACUGUUCUGUGAUUUAAAGGGCCAGUACGCCCUAAUUAGUGCCUUCACCUGUUCCUUCCCUAUAAGUGUGUGCAUCUCCCCCUGCCUUGUGCCAUUGAGAAAGUGUUACUUAGUCUUGCCUUGCCGUGUUUCUGACCCCUUAUUCUGUGAUCUGACCUUGCUCCUGGCCUCCUGCUACAUUCUUGACUACGCACCUGUGCUGCCAGCUCUGACCUUCUGCUAUCCUGAAUACAAGUUGCUGUAAUCCUCCUCUGCCUCGAAUCUCCUCAUCCGCCUGUGUGGUCGAGUCGUGACAGGGGUAGCGACUUGGGUGCCGCCUGCCGCUGCAAGACCAUCCUGCUUCGCGGUAGGCUCUGGUGAAAACCAGCGGCACCUUAGACUCCGCUCCCUGGUACAGCCCGCGUCAUCUGCCACACAGGUCCAGCGGAUCCACUACCUCCUGUGUUCCUGUCUUCUAACCGUGAGUGUUACAAUAUGCAUGUUUUUAUAUGUAAAAUACCUUUAUAUUAUACUUACACUAUUCUCAUUGCUGUUAAACUUUUACUAGAAGCUGGAGGCUUUACUCCUCUCCUCCUCCCACCCUCUUCCUUGUCAGGAGGCCUGCCCAAACACAAAUAUUUACAUUUUCAAAGCUUUGUGCCCAAAAGUGCAUGCUUGCUAUUGGGGAGAUUUAUCAAAACUUGUGUAGAGAAAGAGUGGUGCAGUUGCCCAUGGCAACCAAUCAGAUUGCUUAUUUCAUUUUUAAAGAGACUUGUGAAAAAUGAAAGAAGCAAUCUAAUUGUUCCCAGACCAAAAGGAUGAGUGAUAUCACAAAAUCUACUGAGCAGAAAGACAGGGUAUCACUGUAGCCACAGUAUAAAAUUUUACUCUUAAUUGUUACUGUAUUAACCCCUUAAGGACGCAGCCCUUUUUCCCCUUAAGGACUGAGCCCUUUUUCGCAAUUCUGACCACCGUCACUUUACGAAUUAAUAAACCUAUUCUACUUUAUUUUGGUGGUAAAUUUUCGGCGUUACUUGCAUCCUUUUUUGGUGAAAAAUCCCCAAAUUUCAUGAAAAUUUUGAAAAUUUUAAAUUUUUCUAACUUUGAAGCUCUACUUGUAAGGAAAAUGGAUAUUCACAAUAAAUGUUAUUUUUAUUCACAAAUACAAUAUGUAAACUUUAUGUUGGCAUCAUAAAAUGGACAUAUUUUUGCUUUUUGAAAAAAUUUGAGGGCUUCAAAGGGUUGGGGAGCAUAGUUCUUUGCGCUUACUCUACAGUAUAUCAGUACUUCGUUUUAUCAGUGAACUGCAGAACAAAUCUUUUCACAUUACAGUUGUAGUAUCUGUUGUCACGGACUAAUCUUGUAGAGUGGAAUAAUAUUAAACACAGAGAAUAAGAAGAUUACCUACAUUUCCCAUAAUGCACCAGGAUGACGGGGGAUGCAUGUAAACUCUCACCUUACACUCUAGGAUUAAAAGAGCAUACAGCUGACACAGUACACAUGCUGUACAUGAAUAAUACAGUGGGCAUAACAUUACAGCACAGGACCAGCAAAGUAUCCUCAAGUUUCAGUAUCAUCAGGCACAUCCUUUUUCCAGUCUUGCAUGCGGUUGAGUUUCUGGGUCGCUAGUUCUCAUCUUUGUAAUGCUCAGCUAGAAAAACAUUUGGCAGCUUGGAUUGUCCACAUGCAUUAAGGUUUUGCUGUUAAGAGUCAUACCCACGCGGGAUCAAAAUGGCUCCGCUGCUGCCAGCACAAGAAGCAGCCAAAAUAUAUCACACCAACUAUGUGCGUAACGCACGUGCAAUUGGUGUCUUGUGGGCAGUGUUUACUAUAUGCUUCUCUAUCAUCAUGGUGGAAGUCUUCAUCCAACCUUACUGGAUUGGAGACAGUUUAAACACCCCACAAGCAGGUUAUUUUGGUUUGUUCAGCUAUUGCAUAGGAAAUGCACUGACGUCAGAGCUAAUCUGCAAAGGAAGCGCAUUGGACUUUGAGAGCAUACCAUCAGGAGCCUUCAAAACUGCCAUGUUUUUUAUUGGUGUGUCCAUGUUUCUAGUGGUGGGUUCCAUGCUUAGCUUCAGUCUCUUCUUUUUCUGCAACUCGGCCACAGUGUACAAAGUCUGUGCAUGGAUGCAGUUGGCUUCAGCGGCUGGCUUGAUGAUUGGAUGCCUAAUUUACCCUGAUGGGUGGGACUCAGCAGAAGUGAAGCGUAUGUGUGGAGAUAAGACUGACAAAUAUACACUUGGAGCCUGCACUGUUCGCUGGGCCUACAUCCUAGCAAUAAUAGCUAUAAUGGAUGCUCUCAUUCUUUCCUUUCUCGCCUUUACACUCGGAAACAGGCAGGAUAGUUUGCUGCCUGAGGAUUUCAAGAUUCAGAACAAAGAAGAGGAGAGUGGGUGAAUGGAUGCUCCUUCCACUGAAAGAAUAUCAAUUCUUAUUCUACAAGCAACCCACAUACAUCAAAUUAUGAUAAAAAAAAAAAAGGAAUAUC